GUAGCUACCCGCUAGCUAGCUAGCCUCGUGCUUCGAUACUAACCUACAAUUACCUACGGAAACCUACAAUAACAACAAUACUAACCUAUAAUAAAUACAAUACCUAACUACGGCUAACUACCUACCUACGAUCUAAUACAUGGUUAAGCAAAAAAAUUAAACGUUGGCUAGCACUACAUUAACAUUGGAACCAGCUCUCUAGCGUUGCUAAUCGUUACCAGUAGCUACCCGCUAGCUAGCUAGCCUCGUGCUUCGAUACUAACCUACAAUUACCUACGGAAACCUACAAUAACAACAAUACUAACCUAUAAUAAAUACAAUACCUAACUACAGCUGACUACCUACCUAUGAUCUAAUACAUGGUUAAGCUUUACUCAACACCAUAUGAGAAGCUUACCUCCUGCUUACCUCCAGCUAGAGAGCCAGUGGAGCCAGUGGGUUUGGCGACGAAUAUGUAGUGAGGGCCAGCCAACAAGAGCGUACAGGUCACAGUGGUGGGUAGUAUAAGGGGCUUUGGUGACAAAACGGAUGGCUCUGUGAUAGACUACAUCCAAUUUGCUGAGAAGAGUGUUGGAGGCUAUUUUGAAAAUGACAUCGCCGAAGUCAAGGAUCGGUAGGAUAGUCAGUUUUACGAGGGCCAUGUUUGGCAGCAUGAGUGAAGGAGGCUUUGUUUCGAAAUAGGAAGCCGAUUCUAGUUUUAACGUAGGAUUGGAGAUGCUUAAUGUGAGUCUGGAAGGAUAGUUUACAGUCUAACCAGACACCUAAGUAUUUGUAGUUGUCCACAUACUCUAGGUCAGACCAGCCGAGAGUAGUGAUUCUAGUCGGGUGGGCGGGUGUCAGCAGCGUUCGAUUGAAGAGCAUGCAUUUAGUUUUACUAGUGUUUUAAGAGCAGUUGGAGGCUACGGAAGGAGUGUUGUAUGCCAUUGAAGCUUGUUUGGAGGUUUGUUAACACAGUGUCCGAUGAAUGUAUACAAAAUGGUGUCGUCUGCGUAGAGGUGGAUCUGAGAGUCACCAGCAGCAAGAGCGACAUCAUUGAUAUACACAGAGAAAAGAGUCGGCCCGAGAAUUGAACCCUGUGGCACCCCCAUAGAGACUGCCAUAGGUCCAGACAACAGGCCCUCCGAUUUAACACAUUGAAGUACUAUCUGAGAAGUAGUUGGUGAACCAGGCGAGGCAGUCAUUUGAGAAACCAAGGCUAUUUAGUCUGCCAAUAAGAAUGCGGGUGGUUUGACAGAGUCAAAAGCCUUGGCCAGGUCGAUGAAGACGGCUGCACAGUACUGUCUAUUAUCAAUCGCGGUUAUAAUAUCGUUUAGGACCUGAGCGUGGCUGAGGUGCACCCAUGACCAGCUCUGAAACCGGAUUGCCAUAGCGGAGAAGGUACGGUGGUAUUCGAAAUGGUCGGUGAUCUGUUUGUUAACUUGGCUUUCAAAAACGUUCGAAAGGCAGGGCAGGAUGGAUAUACAGUGUGGGAAAAAAGUAUUUGAUCCCCUGCUGAUUUUGUACGUUUGCCCACUGACAAAGACAUGAUCAGUCUAUAAUAUUAAUGGUAGGAUUAUUUGAACAGUGAGAGACAGAAUAACAACAACAAAAAUCCAGAAAAAACGAAUGUCAAAAAUGUUAUUGAAUUGAUUUGCAUUUUAAUGAGGGAAAUAAGUAUUUGACCCCCUCUGCAAAAACAUGACUUAGUUAUUGGUGGCAAAACCCGUGGGCAAUCACAGAGGUCAGACGUUUCUUGUAAUUGGCCACCAGGUUUGCACACAUCUCAGGAGGGAUUUUGUCCCACUCCUCUUUGCAGAUCUUCUCCAAGUCAUUAAGGUUUCGAGGCUGGACGUUUGGCAACUCGAACCUUCAGCUCCCUCCACAGAUUUCCUAUGGGAUUAAGAUCUGGAGACUGGCUAGGCCACUCCAGGACCUUAAUGUGCUACUUCUUGAGCCACUCCUUUGUUGCCUUGGCCGUGUGUUUUGGGUCAAUUGUCAUGCUGGAAUACCCAUCCAUGACCCAUUUCAAUGCCCUGGCUGAGGGAACGAGGUUCUCACCCAAGAUGUGACGGUACAUGGCCCCGUCCAUCGUCCCUUUGAUGCAGUGAAGUUGUCCUGUCCCCUUAGCAGAAAAACACCCCCUAAGCAUAAUGUUUCCACCUCCAUGUUUGACGGUUGUUGAAUGGUGUUCUUGGGGUCAUAGGCAGCAUUCCUCCUCCUCCAAACACGGCGAGUUGAGUUGAUGCCCAAGAGCUCCGAUUUUGGUCUCAUCUGACCACAACACUUUCACCCAGUUCUCCUCUGAAUCAUUUCAGUGUUAUGUGGGCAGCUUGUCUCUCCCUUUUCUGUUUCCUUCCUCUUGUUUUGUCCCCUCUUUGUCUGUUGUUCUGUAUGUGUGUUUGUCCCCAUUAUGUUGGUGUGGCUGCCGGUGUGUGUCUGGAGUGGAUCGGGGGGCGUGCUGCAGGAUCUGCCUCUCCUGUGCAGCUGCGGGUUGUUUCCAGUGAUUCCUGCCUACGCAGCUGCAUCCUAUUCUCUCAUCAACCUGCACUACUAAUUCCUGGGCAUGGCUCUCCACCGGCGCCAGAUCGUUGUUCUUACUAGAGCGGUAACUUGGCUCACCAGUAGAGUUAAAUUGUCUUUGUCUUCAGCCUGGCUCUUUACUCUCCUUAACCUGUCCGUUUGUUUUGUCUUCAGUUCAGACAUACCUCCCCAACCUGCCUGCCUGCCUGCCUGCCUAAGCCUCUCUUUUCCUCCGGAGCCGACUAGCCCACUCUGUUCCUUUUCUUCAGUUGUUUUUGGACUAAGACAAAUUGAACUUUUAUUAAAAUCACUUUUGGUUUCUUCCACUCCCUUAGUCGUGUUUUGUUUCUCUGAGUGCUGGGUUUAACCAUAGCGUAACAGAACGAUCUGGCCAUGGACCUAACAGAGAAACAGCACGGGGGAAACCAAGACAGCUUCCAACAAGCUAUCCAGGCUCAAGGAACGUUGCUAGGACAGCAUGACCAAUUGAUUCGGACCUCUUUUGGAAAAUAAUCAUCAACUGCUGAAAUAGGUGACUCAGUUAACAACACAAGUCUCUAAAUUGUCUGUUAUCAGUUCUCCCAUCUCUCUCUGACCCCCAGUUUGAUGCACCCCAAGUUGUUUCCUCUGACAUUAUGCAGGCUUCGUUCCAUCGGGAACCCCCUGUCACGUCGCCUGAACCGUUCAAUGGAGAAUUGGACAAGUGCCGGGGAUUUUUGCUUCAGUGUGACUUGAUUUUCUGCAGAGACCACUGUCGUUUUCUACUGAUUCCUCUAAGGUACAUUAUGUUCUGGGGGCUGUUAAGAGGGAGAGCUCUGGUUUGGGCUGAGUCUGUGUGCUCAAAUCAAACUUUGACUGGAUUGACUUUUUUGCUGAUUUUUCUGCUAAAAUUUAAGACUGUUUUUGACCAUCCUGACCAUGUGGGUAAUUCCUCCAAUAGGCUUUUUAAUUGAGGCAGGGUUCUAACAGUGUGGCUGAGUACUCUAUUGAGUUCUGGACUUGGGCAGCGGGCUCCAAGUGGAACAAUGUGGCACUUCAAGGAGCAUUUCUAAACGGUUUGAAUGAAGCCAUUAAGGAUGAACUGGCUGCUCGUGACGAGCCACAUGAUUUACAUUCUCUCGUUUCCCUGUCCAUUAAGCUAGACAAUCGGUUGCGGGAGAGGCGUCGGGGGAGAGAGGCGGUCGGCCACAUCUAGGAGGACGAGUUCCCCCAGCCUUCAACCACUCGAGUCUCGCCUCCCCGGAGCCGGCAGCUUCUUGUUCCUGAUCCCAUCCCGAGCACAGAGGAGGAACCAAUGCAUGUGGGUCGAGCUCGACUACCUCCAGCAGAGCGGGCAACGGCGCCUCCAGGCGGGUGAGUGCCUGUACUGUGGAGACGCCACACACAUUCUGGCUACAUGCCCUAAGCGACCCAAAAGACAAGGCUCGCUCGUAACGGUGGGGUCUACUUGCGAGCCCAGAGUUAGAUCCUGAACCCAUCAUUCCCCGAUUACAAGUACCUGUAAACCUUACGUUUCCAGAGUCAUUCCCUGCCACUCUUAGCUCUCAUAGACUCAGGUGCAGAAGACAACUUUAUUAGCCACCAGUUCGUUACACAAGCUCGUAUCCCCGUGGAGCCACUACCUACCCCCAUUCGAGUCACAGCCCUUGAUGGGCGCCUCCUCGCGGAGAUAACUCAUCAAACCACCCCCGUUUCCCUAGUGAUUUCUGGCAAUCAUUGUGAAAGCAUUCAGUUAAGAGCUAUGUCUGGCUCAGCUACCCCCCUAAUCCUUGGCUUCCCCUGGUUGGCUCUUCACAACCCACAAAUUUAUUGGACACGUCACACCAUUCUCAGUUGGAGCACUAACUGCCAUUCAGAGUGCCUGAGGUCAGCGGUUCCCCCCACUAAGUGUAAACCCAACUCAUCCCUCAGCUCCUCCCGAUCUGUCAUCUGUCCCCAAAGAAUACCAUGACUUAGCUGAGGUUUUCAGUAAGGACAAGGCUCUGUCUCUACCACCACAUAGGCCUUAUGAUUGCCCUAUUGAACUGAUUCCUGGUGCUCCCUUGCCCUCUAGUCACUUAUACAAUCUGUCCCGACCGGAAAGAGAGGCAAUGGAGCAGUAUAUUGGUGAUUCUCUGGCCUCGGGCAUAAUCCGUCCCUCGUCGUCUCCUUUGGGUGCAGGUUUCUUUUUCGUUGAAAAGAAAGACAAGUCGUUACGCCCUGUAUCGAUUUCAGGGUUUAAACAACAUAACUGUUAAAAACAAGUAUCCCCCUUCCACUCAUCAACUCAGCUUUUGAACCUCUGCAUGGCGCCACAGUUUUCUCCAAGCUCGACCUCAGGAACGCUUAUCACCUUGUCAGAAUCCGAAAGGGAGAUGAGUGGAAAACCGCUUUCAACACUCCACUGGGGCAUUUUGAGUAUUUGGUCAUGCCCUUUGGGCUCUCAAACACCCCUGCUGUAUUCCAAGCCAUGGUGAACGAUGUUCUUAGGGAUUUUUUGAACCAUUUUGUCUUUGUAUACCUGGAUGAUAUUCUUGUUUUUAUCAAGUCACCCGAGGAGCAUGAGUCACACGUCCGUCAAGUCCUUCAACGGCUCUUGGAGAAUAAGCUGUACGUCAAAGCAGAAAAGUGUGAGUUCCACAAACAGUCUACAUCGUUCCUUGGUUCAUCAUUGAGAGCGGGCAGGUGAAGGCGGACCCCGAGAAGAUCCGGGCAGUGACGGAAUGGCCCACACCCACCACCCGUAAGCAACUUCAAUGAUUUUUGGGCUUUGCUAACUUCUACCGUAGAUUCAUUAAGGUUUUAGUAAAGUGGUGGCACCCCUUACUAGACUCACGUCCCCAAAAGUCCCUUUUCUGUGGUUCCCCUGAGGCGGAGCAGGCGGUAGGGGUUUUGAAGGAACUGUUUUCCACCUCCCCCGUGUUGAUACACCCCAAUACCUCUCUGCAGUUUAUUGUGGAGGUGGACGCGUCUGACUCAGGUGUGGGAGCAGUCCUCUCCCAGCGCUCCCCCCACUGACCAAAAGCUUCACCCCUGUGCUUUUUUCUCCAAGAAAUUGUCACCCACAGAACGGAAUUACGACGUUGGAAACCGGGAACUGCUGGCGGUCAAGCUAGCACUGGAAGAAUGGCGGCACUGGCUGGAUGGAGCUGAACUGCCGUUUGUGGUCUGGACAGACCACAAAAAACUUGGCUUACAUCCAAGCCACUAAGAGACUCAACUCACGCCAAGCCAGAUGGGCCCUGUUUUUUAGUAGGUUUAACUUUAUUCUAACAUACAGACCGGGGUCAAGAAAUGUUAAACCAGAUGCUUUGUCCCGCCAGUUUGCUGACCCUUCGGAGACCAGCGAGCCUGAGGCAGUCCUACCUUCCUCAUGCGUCGUGGCGGCAGUACAGUGGGAGAUCGAGUCUCUUGUGAAGACUGCACUUGCCACGGACCCGGGACCGGGUGAUGGACCUCCCAAACCUACUCUUUGUUCCCGAGACGGUCCGGUCUUAGGUGUUGCAGUGGAUUCACACCUCCCGUUUUGCUGGUCACCCUGGGAUGAGACGCACGUUGACGCUGCUUAAGAGGCAUUUUUGUUGGCCUUCAAUGGAAACUGACGUUCGGGGCUUUUGUGGCAGCCUGUUCAACCUGUGCUCGGGGCAAAGCCUCCCAUCAGUCCCCUUCGGGGCUGCUGCUACCCCUCCCAGUACCCAGCCGUCCCUGGUCCCACAUAGCCAUGGAUUUUGUCACCGGCCUACCCAAGUCUGAAGGUAAUGAUACUAUACUUACCAUUGUGGACAGAUUCUCUAAAUCGUCUGCCAGUGAGACAGCGGACCUCCUAGUCCAACAUGUAUUCCGUCCCCAUGGAAUACCUGUGGACAUCGUAUCUGAUAGAGGCCCACAGUUUACUUCCCGUGUUUGGAAGGUUUUCUGUUCUGCUUUGGGUGCUUCCGUUAGUCUGUCCUCAGGGUUUCAUCCCUAGACCAACGGUCAAACAGAAAGAGCCAAUCAAGACCUCGAAGCAACCCUUCGUUGUGUGGCUGCUCAACAUCCAUCAUCCUGGGCCAAACAUCUGCCUUGGAUAGAGUACGCCCACAACUCCCUCACCACCUCUGCCACCGGCCUUUCACCCUUCGAAGUAACCAUGGGUUAUCAACCCCCUCUGUUUCCUGCUCAGGAGAAGGAAUUGGCUGUUCCUUCGGUUCAGGAGAACCUCCGCCGCUGCCAGAGAGUGUGGAGCGACGCUCGGGAAGCGUUGCUUCGGACCACCGACAGGAACAAGACCACAGCGGAUAGGAGCAGGACUCCCGCACCUGUGUUUCAUCCUGGUCAAGAAGUUUGGCUGUCAUCAAAGAACGUACCUCUUCGUAUCAAAUCACGCAAGCUGUCUCCUCGGUACCUGGGUCCGUUUGUGGUGGAGUCCAUCGUUAACCCCGCUGCGGUUCGUUUGAAGUUGCCUUCAGCCAUGAAGAUACACCCUACUUUCCACGUCUCCCAACUGAAACCUGUGUCCUCCAGCCUUUUGUGUCCGCCGGCAGAUCCACCUCCACCUGUUCGCCUCAUUGACGACCAUCCGGCCUACACCGUCAGUAGGCUCCUGGACUCUCGGAGGCGGGGUAGGGGUCUCCAAUACCUAGUCAAUUGGGAAGGUUAUGGACCAGAGGAGAGGUCUUGGGUCCCUAAGCGUUUUGUGUUGGAUCCUCAGCUGAUCACGGACUUCCAUCAUGACAACCCUGACAGGCCUGGUGGGUCGCCAGGUGGCGACCAUUGAGGGGGGGGGGGGGUACUGUUAUGUGGGCAGCUUGUCUCUCCCUUUUCUGUUUCCCUUCCUCCUUGUUUUGUCCCCUCUUUGUCUGUUGUAUCUGUAUGUGUGUUUGUCCCCAUUAUGUUGGUGCGUCUGCCGGUGUGUGUCUGGAGUGGAUCGGGGGGCGUGCUCAGGAUCUGCCUCUCCUGUGCAGCUGCGGGUUGUUUCCAGUGAUUCCUGCCUACGCAGCUGCAUCCUAUUCUCUCAUCAACCUGCACUACUAAUUCCUGGGCAUGCCUCUCCACCGGCGCCAGAUCGUUGUUCUUACUAGAGCGGUAACUUGGCUCACCAGUAGAGUUAAAUUGUCUUUGUCUUCAGCCUGGCUCUUUACUCUCCUUAACCUGUCGUUUGUUUUGUCUUCAGUUCAGACAUACCUCCCUGCCUGCCUGCCUGCCUUCCUGCCUGCCUGCCUGCCUGCCUGCCUGCCUGCCUGCCUGCCUGCCUCAGCCUCUCCUUCCUCCGGAGCCGACUAGCCCACUCUGUUCCUUUUCUUCAGUUGUUUUUGGACUAAGACAAAUUGAACUUUUAUUAAAAUAAUUUUUGUUUCUUCCACUCCCUUAGUCGUGUUUUGUUUCUCUGAGUACUGGGUUUAACCAUAGCGUAACAUUCAGAUGUUCAUUGGCAAACUUCAGACGGGCCUGUAUAUGUGCUUUCUUGAGCAGGGGGACCUUGCGGGCGCUGCAGGAUUUCAGUCCUUCAUGGCGUAGUGUGUUACCAAUUGUUUUCUUGGUGACUAUGGUCCCAGCUGCCUUGAGAUCAACAAUCUUGUCCCUGACAUCCUUGGAGAGCUCUUUGGUCUUGACCAUGGUGGAGAAUUUGGAAUCUGAUUGAUUGAUUGCUUCUGUGGACAGGUGUCUUUUAUACAGGUAACAAGCUGAGAUUAGGAGCACUCCCUUUAAGAGUGUGCUCCUAAUCUCAGCUCGUUACCUGUAUAAAAGACACCUGGGAGCCAGAAAUCUUUCUGAUUGAGAGGGGGUCAAAUACUUAUUUCCCUCAUUAAAAUGCAAAUCAAUUUAUAACAUUUUUGAAAUCAGUUUUUCAGGAUUUAUUUGUUGUUAUUCUGUCUCUCACUGUUCAAAUAAACCUACCAUUAAAACGACAUGAUAAAUUCUUUGUCAGUGGGCAAACGUACAAAAUGAACAGGGGAUCAAAUACUUUUUUCCCUCACUGUAGGUCUGUAACAGUCUGGAUCUAGAGUGUCACCCCCUUUGAAGAGGGGGAUGACCGCGGCAGCUUUCCAAUCUCUGGGGAUCUCAGACGUUACGAAAGAGAGGUUGAACAGGCUAGUAAUAGGGGUUGCGACAAUUUCAGCUGCUAAUUUUAGAAAGAAAGGGUCCAGAUUGUCUAGCCCAGAUGAUUUGUAGGGGUCCAGAUUUUGCAGCUCUUUCAGAACAUCAGCUGUCUGAAUUUGUGUGAAGGAGAAGCGGGGAGGGUGCAGAGCUGGUGGCCGGGGUAGUGGUAGCCAGGUGGAAAGCAUGGCCAGCCGUAGCAAAAUGCUUGUUGAAAUUCUCGAUUAUUGUAGAUUUAUCGGUGGUGAUAGUGUUUCCUAGCCUCAGUGCAGUGGGCAGCUGGGACGAGGUGCUCUGAUUCUCCAUGGACUUUACAGUGUCCCAAAACGUUUUGGAGUUAGUGCUACAGGAUGCACAUUUCUGUUUUAAAAAGCUAGCCUUUGCUUUCCUAACUGCUUGUGUAUAUUGGUUCCUAACUUCCCUGAAAAGCUGCAUAUCGUGGGGGCUAUUUGAUGCUAAUGCAGUACGCCACAGGAUAUUUUUGUGCUGGUCAAGGGCAGUCAAGUCUGAGGAGAACCAGGGGCUAUAUCUGAAUUUCUUGAAUGGGGCAUGCUUAUUUAAGAUUGAGAGGAAAGCACUUUUAAAAAACAACCAGGCAUCCUCUACUGACGGAAUGAGAUCGAUAUCCAUCCAGGAUACCUGGGCCAGGUCAAUUAGGAAGGCCUGCUCGCUAAAGUGAUUUAGGGAGCGUUUGACAGUGAUGAGGGGUGGUCGUUUGACCGCGGACCCGUUACAGACGCAGGCAAUAAGGCAGUGAUCGCUGAGAUCCUGGUUGAAGACAGCGGAGGUGUAUUUAGAGGGUAUGUUAGUCAGGAUGAUAUCUAUGAGGGUGCCCAUGUUUACGGAUUUAGGGUUGUACCUGGUAGGUUCCUUGAUAAUUUGUGUCAGAUUGAGGGGAUCUAUUUUGGAUUGUAUGAUGGACGUGGUGUUAAGCAUAUCCCAGUUUAGGUCACCAAGCAGUACGAACUCUGAGGAUAGAUGGGGGGCAAUCAAUUCACAUAUGGUGUCCAGGGCACAGCUGGGGGCUGAUGGGGGUCUGUAGCAAGUGGCAACAGUGAGAGACUUAUUUCUGGAAAGGUGGAUUUUUAGAAGUAGGAGCUCAAACUGUUUUGGCACAGACCUGGACAGUAUGAUAGAGCUCUGCAGGCUAUCUCUACAGUAGAUUGCAACUCCACCCCCUUUGGCAGUUAUAUCUAGAUGGAAAAUGUUGUAGUUGGGGAUGGACAUUUCUGAAUUUUUGGUGGCCUUCCUAAGCCAGGAUUCAGACACUGCUAGAACAUCAGGGUUGGCGGAGUGUGCUAACGCAGUGAAUAACUCAAACUUAGGGAGGAGGCUUCUGAUUUUAACAUGCAAAAAGCCAAGGCUUUUACGGUUACAGAAGUCAACAAAUGAUAGUGCCUGGGGAGUAGGAGUGAUACUGGGGGCUGCAGGGCCUGGGUUAACCUGUACAUCACCAGAGGAACAGAGGAGGACUAGAAUAAGGAUACGGCUAAAGGCUUUAAGAACUGGUCUUCUAGUGCGUUGGGUACAGAGAAUAAAAGGGGCAGAUUUCCGGGCGUUGUAGAAUAGAUUCAGGGCAUUAUGUUAAGGAUAUGGAAGGAUAUGAGUACAGUGGAGGUAAACCUAAGCGUUGGGUAACAAUGAAAGAGAGCAUCACUGGAGGCACCGAUUGUGCUGGUCUCCGCGUGUAUGGGGGGUGGAACAAAGGAGCUAUUUGAGGCAGUUUGAGAGGGACUGUCAGAACGCUGAGUGUGGAUGUGGUGCAGGGAAUCAAGCGCAGGAACAAGGGUGUUCGUCAACAGACUUUAGUAAUCCAAAAUAGUAACUCCAAACAGGUGAAUAGCCAACCCAACCGGGAGGCAUAAACAAAUUACGCACACACACAACAGUGCGUAAAACAAGAAAAGGCGCACGCAGUGCGGACUCUCGACACAAACAACACGAGAGAGAAAAACCAUCAACAGCAACAGCUGACAUAACAAUCACACAUAACACCUGCCCCAACACACGAUAACUAAAUAGGAAACAAAAUCAAACACUAACAAGGGACAGGUGUACAAACAGACAAAACCAAACAAACAUGAAACAUCGAACGGUGGCAGCUAGUACUCCGGGGACGACGACCGCCGAAGCCUGCCCGAACAAGGAGGAGGAGCAGCCUCGGCCGAAACCGUGACAGUACCCCCCCCUGACGCGCGCUCCAGCUUGGCCGAUCCCGGCCUCGGGGACGACCAGGACGACGCGGAGCAGGGCGCGUAGGAUGACCCCGAUGGAACUCGGUCAGCAAGGACUGGUCUCAUAUGUCCCUCCUCGGCACCCAGCACCGCUCCUCCGGGCCGUACCCCUCCCACUCCACGAGAUAUUGGAGACCCCCCAUCCGGCGUCUCGAAUCAAGGAUGGACCUCACAGUGUACGCCGGAGCCCCCUCGAUGUCCAACGGGGGCGGAGGAGUCUCUUCUAUCUCAUAGUCCUGGAGUGGACCAGCUACCACCGGCCUGAGGAGAGACACAUGGAACGAGGGGUUAAUAUUCCUGUAAUCAAUAGGCAGUUCUAACCUGUAACACACCUCGUUCAACCUCCUCAGGACUUUGAAUGGCCCCACAAACCGCCGACCCAGCUUCCGGCAGGGCAGGCGGAGGGGCAGGUUUCUGGUCGAGAGCCAGACUCGAUCUCCAGGUGCGUACACAGGCCCCUCACUGCGGUGGAGAUCGGCGCUCGUCUUAUGCCGACGGAUGGCCCGCUGCAGAUGAACGUGGGCAGCGUUACAUGUCUCCUCCUGAGCGCCGCACCCACUCAUCCACCGCAGGGGCCUUGAUCUGGCUCUCGUGCCAAGGUGCCAGAACCGGCUGGUACCCUAACACACACUGGAAAGGGGUUAGUUGGGUGGAGGAGUGGCGGAGAGAGUUCUGUGCCAUCUCGGCCCAAGGAACGUAUCUCGCCUACUCCUCCGGCCGGCCCUGGCAAUAAGACCUCAGAAACCUACCCACAUCCUGGUUAACACGUUCAACCUGCCCAUUACUCUCCGGGUGGUAACCCGAGGUAAGGCUCACCGAAACCCCCAACCGUUCCAUAAACGCUCUCCACACUCUGGAGGUGAACUGGGGGCCUCGAUCAGACACUAUAUCCUCGGGUACCCCGUAAUGCUGGAAGACAUGGGUAAACAGAGCCUCAGCGGUCUGUAGGGCAGUAGGUAGACCCGGCAUGGGAAGGAGACGACAGGCCUUCGAGAACCGAUCCACAACGACCAGGAUGGUAGUAUUCCCCUGUGAGGGGGGAAGGUCUGUAACAAAAUCCACCGAGAGGUGGGACCAGGGUCGUUGUGGAACGGGCAGGGGUUGUAGCUUACCCCUGGGCAAAUGUCUGGGCGCCUUACACUGGGCACACACCGAACAGGAGGAGACAUAAAUCCUCACAUCCCUGGCUAACGUUGGCCACCAGUACUUAGUGCUAAGGCAGUGAACUGUCCGGCCGAUACCUGGAUGUCCAGAGGAGGGGGACGUAUGAGCCCAAUAAAUGAGGCGAUCGCGUACCUCGAGUGGAACGUACGUCCGACCCACUGGACACUGUGGAGGACUUGGGUCGGUGCGUAACGCCCGCUCGAUCUCGGCAUCGACCUCCCAUACCACCAGUGCGACCAGACAAGACUUUGGUAGUAUGGGAGUGGGCUCAACGGACCUCUCCUCCGUGUCAUACCGCCGAGACAGGGCAUCUGCCUUCCCGUUCUGGGACCCAGGGAUGUAAGUGAUUUUAAACACAAACCGGGCUAGAAACAUAGUCCAGCGGGCCUGGCGAGGAUUCAGUCUCCUAGCUGCCCGGAUGUAUUCCAGGUUACGGUGGUCAGUUAGAAUGAGGAAAGGGUGUUGAGCCCCUUCAAGCCAAUGCCUCCACACCUUUAGGGCCUGUACCACGGCUAACAGCUCCUUGUCCCCUACGUCAUAAUUCCGUUCCGCCGGACUGAGCUUCUUAGAAUAAAAAGCACAUGGGCGGAGUUUAGGUGGUGUGCCAGACCGUUGUGAGAGAACGGCCCCAAUACCGGCCUCGGACGCGUCUACCUCUACCUGGAAAGGUAAAGCGGGAUCCGGAUGCGCCAACACCGGCGCUGAGGUAAACAGGUCCUUCAGUUUCCCAAAAGCCCUGUCCGCCUCAGCUGACCACCGCAAGCGCACCGGACCCCCCUUCAACAGAGACGUUAUGGGAGCUGCCACCUGUCCAAAACCCCGGAUAAACCUCCGGUAAUAAUUCGCAAAACCCAAGAACUGUUGCACCUCUUUCACAGUGGUUGGGGUUUGCCAAUUACGCACAGCUGACACCCGGUCAACCUCCAUCUUCACCCCUGACGCAGACAACUGAUAACCCAAAAAGGAGACCGACUUCUGAAAGAACAGACAUUUCUCUGCCUUGACAUAUAGGUCAUGCUCCAACAGCCUCCUCAACACUCGGCGCACCAGGGCUACAUGCUCUGCUCGGGUAGGAACUGUACACCAGAAUAUCGUCUAUGUACACGACUACUCCCUGUCCCUGCAUGUCCCGGAAAAUCUCAUCGACGAAGGAUUGGAAGACUGAGGGAGCAUUCAUUAACCCAUAUGGCAUGACGAGAUACUCGUAAUGUCCGGAGGUCGUGCUAAACGCUGUCUUCCAUUCAUCGCCCUCUCUAAUGCGCACCAAGUUAUAUGCGCUCCUGAGAUCCAAUUUUGUGAAGAACUGAGCACCGUGUAAUGACUCCGUCAUAGUCGCAAUCAGAGGGAGUGGAUAGCUGUACUUCACCGUAAUCUGAUUGAGACCGCGGUAAUCAAUACACGGGCGCAGACCUCCAUCUUUUUUCUUCACAAAAAAGAAGCUCGAGGAAGCGGGUGAAGUGGAGGCCCGUAUGUAUCCCUGUCUCAGAGACUCGGCGAUGUAAGUCUCCAUUGCCUUCCUCUCCUCUUGAGACAAGGGAUACACAUGGCUCCGCGGGAGGGCUGCUCCUGACUGGAGAUCUAUCGCACAAUCCCCCUGUCUAUGAGGCGGCAGCUGCGCCGCCCUAGUCUUACUAAACACCAGUUUCAAAUCCUCAUACUCGGGGGGAAUAUGCAGUGCUGGCAUUAGAUUCGGACUUUCCACCGAGGUCGCCCCUAUGGAAACACCCAGACACAGCCCCUCACACUGAGCAGACCACCCUUUAAGAGCUUUCUCUCGCCACGAAAUAGUAGGGUCAUGGGUAAUCAACCAGGGAAGCCCCAGCACCACCGGAUACGCAGGAGAGUCAAUCAGAUAGAGCUGAAUCGUCUCCUCAUGACCCCCCUGCGCCACCAUCUUAAGGGGCGCUGUGACCUCCCUAAUCAACCCAGAUCCUAACGGACGGCUAUCUAGGGCAUGUACAGGGAAAGGCUUAUCAACGGGAAGGAGAGGAAUCCCUAACUCUACACAGAACUGGCGAUCUACAAAAUUCCCAGCUGCGCCUGAAUCACUAGCGCCUUAUGCUGGGAACGAGGUGCAACCUGUGGAAAACAAACAGGCAAGGUUAUGUGAACGACAGAAAGCUCUGGGUAAGUAGGGCGCCUACUCACCUGGGGGGACUCCCCAAUGCGUGGCCUGCCUUCACCUCCACCGGGGGACCUUCCCCAACACCUAGCCGCGGUGUGCCCUCCACGGCCACAGUUAGUGCAGGGAAUGGCCCCCCUCGGGUUCCUACUCCUCCGUUCUCUAGCGCCAGCACCCCCGAGCUCCAUAGGGCUCGGCUCGGAGGUGCUGGAGGGUGAAAUGGGCGACCCCCACCCGGGACGUCCACGGGUGGCGAGCAGGGUGUCCAGCCGAAUGGCCAUGUCGACCAGUUGGUCAAACGACAACGUGGUAUCCCUGCACACCAACUCUCUCUGGACGUCCUCCUGGAGGCUGCAGCGGAAGUGGUCUAUGAGGGCCUGCUCAUUCCACCCUGCAUCUGCCGCUAGAGUCCGGAACUCCAGAGCAAAAUCCUGGGCGCUCCUCAUCACCUGUCGGAGGUAGAACAGACGCUCCCCCGCCGCCUUCCCUUCUGGUGGAUGGUCAAACACGGCACGGAAGCGGCGGGAGAACUCCGCAUAGGUAACGGUAGCGGCGUCCAUUCUCCUCCAUUCGGCGUUGGCCCACUCCAACGCCUUGCCGGUGAGACAGGAGAUGAGGGCGGAGACGCUCUCGUGUCCCGAGGGCUCCGGGUGUACGGUGGCGAGGUAGAGCUCUACUUGCAGCAGGAACCCUUGACACCCGGCAGCGGAGCCGUCGUACGCCCUCGGGAGCGAGAGCCGAAUCCCACUGGUUUCCGGAAGGUGGACAGGAGGACUGACCGAUGGGGAUGGUCCGGUAGGUGGGGGCGUGGGUACCCCGCUGCUUUCCCAUCGGUGGAGAGUGUUCAUCACCUGAUCCAGGGUGUGACCGAUCUGGUUGAUCCUGUCCUCCUGCCCACGAAGACGGUCCUCCAUAAUCUCUGUUGGCGCGGUUGCUCCUGCUGAUUCCAUGGUGUGAUGUGUGAUUCUGUCAGAACGCUGAGUGUGGAUGUGGUGCAGGGAAUCAAGCGCAGGAACAAGGGUGUUCGUCAACAGACUUUAGUAAUCCAAAAUAGUAACUCCAAACAGGUGAAUAGCCAACCCAACCGGGAGGCAUAAACAAAUUACGCACACACACAACAGUGCGUAAAACAAGAAAAGGCGCACGCAGUGCGGACUCUCGACACAAACAACACGAGAGAGAAAAACCAUCAACAGCAACAGCUGACAUAACAAUCACACAUAACACCUGCCCCAACACACGAUAACUAAAUAGGAAACAAAAUCAAACACUAACAAGGGACAGGUGUACAAACAGACAAAACCAAACAAACAUGAAACAUCGAACGGUGGCAGCUAGUACUCCGGGGACGACGACCGCCGAAGCCUGCCCGAACAAGGAGGAGGAGCAGCCUCGGCCGAAACCGUGACUGGGACUUGGGGCUCUACAGUGAAAUUGUAUAAUAAGAACUAACUGGAACAGCAAUAGUUAAGGCAUAUUGACAUGGGAGAGAGGCAUAAAGCAAUCAUAGGUGUUUUUCGAGAGAGCUAAGACAACAACUGGUAAUGGCAAUGAAAGUUUGGGCUGAGGGUAAACAGAUAAAACAGGACAGGGUACCGUGUAAAGGAACAGUCCAGCAGGCAUCAGCUGUGCAGCUGAGUGAUCAUAAGGUCCAGUGAACAGCAAUAUGUGAGUCUGAGAGCAGUUCGAAUUGGUGCUACAGCACAGGCGAGCAGGAAGCACGGCUGUUGAAAUGCGUGUGCUAGCGGGCCGGGGCUGGCAGAUGGAUCUUCGUGGUCGUCGCAACGGGAAGCCUGUUGAAACCACAGACGAUUACGUCGGCAGACCAGUCGUGAUGGAUCGGCGGGGCUCCGUGUCGACACUAGGAGGUCCCGUCCGCUAGCUCAACGCUGAUUAGCCAACCACAACAUCCAUUCGGUUGCAGCUAGCUAGUUGCGAUGAUCCGGUGUUAAAGGUCCAGUGAUUCAGUGAUUCCGGCAGAAAAUCCGAUAUGUUCUGGGUCGAUAACGUGCUGUGCAGACUGGCCGAUAAUAGUCCAGGCUAGAGCUGGCUGGUAGGUAGUGCAGGCCACGGACAAUGGUGAAAAAACCGCUAAUGGUGGCUAAUAGCAAGUAGACCCCUCCUCACGGAAUAAUUAUAGACCUAUCUCUAAGCUUCCUUUUUUAUAAAAGUUGUUUUGAAGCAAUUGGUGGCUCAUUUGAGUAUUAACAACUUUUUGACAAAUUCCAGCCGGGCUUCCCCUCACUUCACAGCACGGAAACUGCUUUAUUGAAAGUCAGCAAUGACCUUCUGUUGGCUGCUGAUUAAUUCUCCAUUCUAGUUCUUUUGGAUCUCAGUGCUGCGUUUGUCACUAUUGAUCAUAACAUCCUUGUUGACUGGCUGGAGAGGUGGGUGGGAAUCUCUGGCGUUUCCCUCGACUGGUUCAGGUCAUAUCUAUGUGGCAGACGUUUCUCAGUGAGCAUGGGUGGUUCAGUAUCGUCCCCAGCACCUAUGCACUAUGGUGUCCCUCAGGGGUCAAUUCUGUGCCCCAUCCUUUUUUCACUAUAUAUGCUUCCUCUUGGUGAUACUGUAUCAUCCGCAAUCAUAACAUUCAGUUUCACUGCUAAACGGAUGACACGCAGCUCUAUUUACCAUUCAGACCCAGUGACCAAGCCAGCGUAGCUACCCUUUACAAGUGUCUUGAUGACAUCAAAUGUUGGAUGUCUGACAAUUUUCUCCAGCUCAAUGAUUUAAAAAAAUCUGAGGUUGUUGUAUUUGACCCCCACCUUGCUAUAAGUCAGAUUGUAGAUAACCUUUGUCAUUUGUCCACAAAUGUAAAGCAUACGGCCAGAAACCUUGGUGUCUUCUUUGACCCUGACCUGAACCUCGAGCUGCAGGUAAAGAAGGUUGUCCAGUCCUGCUUUUAUCAUCUAAGAAAGAUAUCUAAAGUCAAGUAUUUUAUCUCAGUCACUGAUCUGGAGAAACGUAUACAAUGCUUUUAUUUGCUCACGCCUAGAUUAGUGUAACUCUUUGUAUACCUGUCUCUGUCAGAAAUCACUCCAUUGUCCACAGUUAAUUCAGAACGCUACAGCUCGGCUUUUAAAAGGCACCAGGAAAUGUAACCAUAUCACACCUAUUUUAGCUUCUCUACACUGGCUACAAGUCACUUUUAGAAUAGAUUUUAAAAUUGUAUUAAUCACGUUUAAGGCUAGGCUUAGUUUAGACCCAUCCUAUAUCUCAGAUCGUUUUUUUUUGUUGUUUUUUUUGUUUUGUUUGUCAUUUAGCAGACGCUCUUAUCCAGAGUGACUUACAGGAGCAAUUAGGGUUAAGUCUCCCUACGAGCAAGGAUGCAGCCUGAGAUCCUCUGGCAGGGCACUGUUGACCAUUCCGAGGUUGAAACCUAAAGGAGACUGGGCAUUUGCCAUUAGGGCUAGACUCUGGAACGGUCUGCCAGAGGAGAUCAGGCUUGCAGAUUCAGUGCCUCUUUUUAUAUCCCUGCUGAAGACAAGCUUUUAAUGUAUGAUUUCAAUGUAUGAUUUUAAUUAGCAAUCUUUUUUUUCUUAAUUUCUACUUGUUGUUUUUGUUUAUUUGUUAGUACUUUUAUUUUAUUUUAUUAUUUUAUGAUGUGAAGCAAUUUGUUACUUGUAUUGAAAAGCGCUGUACAAAUAAAGUUAUUAUUAUUAUUAUAAUUAUUUGUGUGUUUGUACUGUACAUGAAGACUCUACAGCUUUAGUUUGAGGUUGAGAGAGGUGAAGUGUCAAAACUAUUACAGAGCACGUGAGUGAGUUGUUCACACACCAAAUUCUACAGUGUUGAAUCAACACUGAAAGUGUUACAUUUAAGACUGGGCCAGUGUGUAUAUGGGUCCACACUUUUCAGUGUUAAAAUAACAUUGUGCUGACGCUGUUACACUUUGUCAGUGUAUUAACAUAACGAUAGACCACUUAAACUGGUACAAAAUUCCACUCCACAGGUGGCCAAAAAUAACUAACUGAAAGCUACGCCCCCACUAAGCCACGCCUCCAAUAUAGUUUCCCAGUGUUCAUUGCCUUUUCGAAUGAAUUAUAGAGUUACCACCCAUGACUGCAUUUGUUAGUGACAAUAACUAGGUUUCCAUCCAAUUGGCGACAUAUCUUCAUGCGCAUAUUCUAAAAUCUGCAUGUGUAUUUUCCCAUCAUUGGUGUGUUUCCACCAGUGAUGGGAAACUGAGGAUUUCUGAAGGCUUCGGCGCUUUCACCAAAUUGUGCUUGUCACGUAUACUUCCGCUCCGGCGCUCAACGUCGCUGGUCUACUAACCACCGGUCCUGGCAACCCAUCAUUACGCACACCUGGCAACCAUCAUAUCGCACACCAGUACCCCAUUAUGAGGCACACCUGGACUUCAUCACUCCCUGAUUACUUCCCCUUUAUCUAGCACUCCAUUGUAUCACCCAUUAGGUAGUGUGUUUUCAUGUUUUUCAUGUUUAGACGCUACUCCUGUUUUUGUAUCCACUCCAAGUUCGUUCCUAUUAAACUCACCGACUGCACUUGCUUCCUGACUCCCUGCGUCCCCGUUACAGUGCUGAAAAGCGGUUCAUUACUCUGAGCUUCAUUAUCUGUACACAAUUCUCAUUAGUGACAUUUGCUGGUCAGCAAUAAAUAGUAGCGUGUGAUUAUCAGAUAUGUUUUUUUCUUCACUGUUUUCAUCAAAACUCCAUGGCGCAGCGGUAAAUCGUUGGCUUUAGUCGCCUAUAAUCAGUUGGAAUACCAGGUCCACAUCCUGCUUUCAAGUUGACUAUUUAAAAAAAACUGGAUCUAUGGCAUUAUUUAGGAUGCUUAACACAGAAGCUUACACUAUACUAAAUAAAACAAUUUAACAACAGUGCAGAAAGUUUGGUUUCACAUAAAACAAAUGUUGAAAUAGUGUGCCUUCAACAGGAUUUGACCUCAUACCCUCACAGAUGUGAAUGUUCCAUAGCUCCCUACUCUACUUGCUAAGCUACCGGUCAGGUGAAACCAAACUAACUAUACUGAACAAAAAUUUUAAUGCUGCAUGCAACAAUUUCAAAGAUGUUACUGAGUUACAGAUCAUAAGGAAAUCAGUCAAUUGAAAUAAAUUCAUUAGGCUCUAAUCUACGGAUUUCACAUGACUGGUCACAAAUACCUUUAAAAAAAGGUAGGGGCAUGGAUAAAAAAAACAGUAAGUAUCUGGUGUGACCACCAUUUGCCUCAUGCAGCGUGACACAUCUCCUUUGCAUAGAGUUGAUCAGUCUAUUGAUUGUGGCCUGUGGAAUGUUGGCCCUCUCCUCUUCAAUGGCUGUGCGAAGUUGCUGGAUAUUGGCGGGAACUGGAACACACUGUCAUACACGUCAAUCCUGACCAUCCCAAACAUGGGUGAUGUGUACAGGCCAUGGAAGAACUGGGACAUUUUCAGCUUCCAGGAGUUGCGACAUUAUCAUGCUGAAACAUGAGGUGAUGGUGGCAAAUGAAUGACACAACAAUGGGCCUCAGGAUCUCGUCACGGUAUCCUGUACAUUCAAAUUGCCACAAAUAAAAUGCAAUUGUGUUCGUUGUCCGUAGCUUAUGCCUGCCCAUACCAUAACCCCACUGCCACCAUGGGGCACUCUGUUCACAAUGUUGACACCAGCAAACCGCUCACCCACACAACGCCAUGCCAUACAAGUGGUCUGCGGUUGUGAGGCUGGUUGGACGUACUGCCAAAUUAUUUAAAACAACAUUGGAGGCGGCUUAUGGUAGAGAAAUGAACAUUACAUUUUCUGGCAACAGCUCUGGUAGACAUUCCUGCAGUCAGCAUGAUUUUGCAUGCUCACACAAAACUUGAGACAUCUGUGGCAUUGUGUUGUAUGACAAAACUGCACAUUUUAGAGUGGCCUUUUAUGUCCCCAGCACAAGGUGCACCUGUGUAAUGAUCAUGUUUCUUGAUAUGUCACAUCUGUCAGGUGGAUGGAUUAUCUUGGCAAAAGAGAAAUGCUCACUAACAGGGAUGUAAAUCGCUUAAGUUUUCAAUGUUCAAUGUGUAUCCAUCUCAUUUUCAACUCUACCAAUAGUUUUGUCACAAAAACAUUGUUGCGUUAAAUAGAAAAUGUGCCUACUCUGGUCUUGGCACAUGCGCUCUAGUCAACAACUCGCAGAUACAGUGUGGGCAAAGACAGUUUAGAAACUCUGUGGUGCAGGUAGGCUCUGCGGGUAGGCUAGUCUACAUGAUGAGAUGAAGGAUAAGAGUGAGAAUAUCUUUAUUUGUCAAAACGGCAGUCAAGCAUCGAUCAUCGUCACCAGAAUAAGACCCUCGUUAUUUAUUGGAAAGGAGCAUCAAGCUCAUACCAUGCACUUUUAUCACCUUGUGAAGAUCAUCAUAACCUAUUUUAUCUGUAGCCUAAUUUAAAUUGCAUGGUUUCCCAAGUCGUAGUGGGAGGACCACACACUAUGUCAACGCGUGAUAUGAUGGCUAUUAUGUCAAUAUAAAUGGCGUUUCCACCGCCAUUUCUCGCAUAAUACAUUUUACCCACACAAAAAGAUCCCACCAUUUCGAACAAACAAAUUAUCUGUCUGCAUUUAUAAAAUUGUACCGAAACUUCCUGUUUCCAUCACAACUGUCAUGAUUUAAAAAAAUAUGAUAUGACUUUACUCACAUAAAAAUUGUGGAUGAAAAUGUGGUUAGAGAUGGUUAUUGAAUUCUUUCAUUUUCAGUCCUGUGGCCUUCACCAAGUGAGUUUCUAGGUGAAUGUUAUCAUUAAAAUUAAACUCUUUAUGACAAUACAUUGCAUAUUUCAUAAGGCCUGAAACUCUUUGUUUACAUGCCACAUCAGGCCUGCAAGACACAUUAUGCUGGCUUGCAAAGUGAUGUGUAAUUCCUGUUGAGUUAGGAUAGCCAACAGUUGGAAUUUUCAUUCACCCGCAACCUGCAUUCAGAAUGACUGUCAGGGUUAUAAACAUUGAUAAAGGAGACUACUAGUGAUAUUACAUUUGAUGCCGGAGCUCAGAGGAAUGCGUCGAAAUCAAGUACAGACUAAUCAUUGCUCUAAAACGGAGACAUCUAUUUGAAUAUAAUAGUAACUUACAUGACAGGAUACAAAUUCCAUUUAGAGUACAGCAGGGUCUCUCUCUCUCAGCCGUGCGUGUGCAUCAGUGGAGGCUGCUGAGGGGAGGACAGCUCAUAAUAAUGGCUGGAAUGGAGUCAGUGGAAUGGUAUCAAACACAUGCAAACCACGUCUUUGAUGUGGUUGAUACCACUCCAUUGACUCCAUUCAAGACAUUAUUAUGAGCCGUCCUCCCUUCAGCAGCCUCCACUGGCGUACAUGUGUAUGAACGAUCUCAGUUGCAUGUGUGAUCUCAGUCGUGAGGGAGUGUGUGCGUGCAUGCAUGCGUGUGUGUGUAUGAGAUAUCCCAGUUGCAUGCGUGUGUGAGCUCAGUGGUGUGUUUCCCCAUAGCAGGGUGUGCAUUAUUUGUUCAGUUCAAACACCGUGCAGAGCCACCUUAGCCAAGGAGUGGUUUAGUGUGGUGUCAGAGCUCACUCUGCGACUGCAUAAACGUUUACUAAACCCCAGACGAGUCUAACCACCCUACGUGACCCACAGUCUGAGCUCUAGUACAAGCUAUCUCUAGUAUAAGCUACCUGUCCCUGUCACUAUCACCUCAACCUCAAUCCUACCCAGCGUAGCAAAAUCCUAUCCAAUGUAGGCCUAGCCAAAUUAAUUUAGAAAAUAAUUUGUUAUUUCUAAGUAACUUUGUGAAAUUGGGAAUUAACAGUAGUCUUUCUUGGUGGGUAAAGGUGCAAGAGCCCCACCUGUUUUGAGCCCCACAUUCUUAGCAACAAAAAAAAUAUUGUUAUUUUGGCAUUAAUACGUGUCACAUACCAGUUUGCAAACAAUGUAAAAAAAUAAACAAUUAACAUUGAGUUAAUAAAGCUGCAUACAAACAUGGUCUCUCUUUUGCUUUAUUGAGUAAGGUAGCUCCAAAAUGCAGGUGUUUCAGCCUAGCUCAGUGCUCUCUGUGGUGGUGGGGCAGCCAGCGGAAAAUACGGAGCAUAGGUGUUGGUAAUGUUCUCUAGUUGCGCCGUGAUUGGCUCAGUGUUCUGUCACUCAUGGGGACACUACGUCACCACCAAGUCUAAGGGUAGAGCUUGAAAAUUCAAGCCCCUUGGGUGCACCAUAGAGUUACAUUAGAAGUGCCCAUCCAAGAAGGCUCAAGGUCAUUGGCCACAGAUAAAAUGACAUCAAAUCACGUUAUAUCUACAGUAGCUUUGAUUGGACUGAUCAUGUCAACAUCAUACUUUCAAACUCUUAGCUAGCAGUCAUCAUCAUGAAUCAAGUCAACAAUCUACUGGCAAAUCCGUUUUAAUCCUUGUCAUAUGAAGAGAAAUAAUGAAGAGAAAUUAUAGAUAAAACGUAUCGGUGCUCAUCGGCCAUUGGACACAACAAGUUGGAAAUCGCAAAUUCAACAAUGAGUGGUUUGGAAGGAAUCAGUGGUUAACUGCAAGCAUUGCAAAGCAAUCACUAGCCUGCUAUUCAGUGGAGUGGCUGUGUGGUCCCAAGUCUGGGAUUAAGGGUCUCUUUUCCAAGCUUAAAAUGAAAAACAUUCAACAUUGGCCAUGCUGUCAAUGAAGCAUGAUUUGUGCUGGCUCAAAACAACUGUUAACCCGAAACUGCGAAAUCUGACUUCAGUGAGUUCAAGACAACUGGGAACUCGGGAAAAACGAGCUCUGACUGGGAAGAUACGUUUUGAACGGUCAUCCAACUCGGAAUUGUAAAUCCGGAACUCGGGCAUCUUUCUAGAGUUACGACCUGAAGGUCACUGACGUCAUCAUGAUUCGACCUUGUUUUUUCCGAGUUCCCAGUUGACUUGAAAGCACCACAAAUCCAGAGAAUGCCAGACUUUGAUGACAAAGUUUGAUGACAAUAUUUGCCCAAGAAGGACCGCCACGCCACCUUCCUGUUCAAGUGAGCACAGCACAACAAGGUGAGUCCAAAAAUGUAUUGUAUGCUGCUGCAUAAAUCUAUUUUCCCCUCUUAACUUCACCUACUGUUCUGACUUGGAGGCGCACAUGUAGCCUAUAACCUGUUUUAGAGAAACGUAAUCAUUGAAUAUUGUAAGAGCUUUCAUUGUCUGCUUUAUUUAUCCUACGGUUCUGACUUGGUGUACAGGGAGAACACUGUAAGAACGGCCCAUGUUCUGAAUUCUGUCGCUGUACAUUUCAAAAGUGCUGAACAAAUAGUUAUAUUGACUAUGUUCGUCCUAGCUCUCUCAUUAAUGUCUUAAUCAAAAAUUACGGAUUGCCUCUUAUCCGCUUGUCGUCCCCUUAUGCCAUAGUUUGUACAUCUCAAUUGUCAGUAGAAACCACAUUUGUUUAAGCAUGUCAACCAUAUCAGCUAUAUUUUCUUUAAAGGCAGUAAAUGAGGCUGAAUGAAGGUCAUGUGGUCUGAUGAGACAAAAAUAUAGCUUUUUGGUCUAAACUCCACUCGCCGUGUUUGGAGGAAGAAGAAGGAUGAGUACAACCCCAAGAACAUCAUCCCAACCGUGAAGCAUGGAGGUGGAAACAUCAUUCUUUGGGGAUGCUUUUCUGCAAAGGGGACAGCACGACUGCACCGUAUUGAGGGGAGGUUGGAUGGGGCCAUGUAUCGCGAGAUCUUGGCCAACAACCUCCUUCCCUCAGUAAGAGCAUUGAAGAUGUGUCGUGGCUGGGUCUUCCAGCAUGACAACGACCCGAAACACACAGCCAGGUCAACUAAGGAGUGGCUCCAUAAGAAGCAUCUCAAGGUCCUGGAGUGGCCUAGCCAGUCUCCAGACCUGAACCCAAUAGAAAAUCUUUGGAUGGAGCUGAAAGUCCGUAUUGCCCAGCGACAGCCCCAAAACCUGAAGGGUCUGGAGAAGGUCUGUAUGGAGGAGUGGGCCAAAAUCCCUGCUGCAGUGUGUGCAAACCUGGUCAAGACCUACAGGAAACGUAUGAUCUCUGUAAUUGCAAACAAAGGUUUCUGUACCAAAUAUUAAGUUAUGCUAUUCUGAUGUAUCAAAUACUUAUGUCAUGCAAUAAAAUGCAAAUGAAUUACUUAAAAAUCAUACAAUGUGAUUUUCUGGAUUUUUGUCCAGAACCUGCAAAAUCGGCAGUGUAUCAAAUACUUGUUCUCCCCACUGUAUACUGUAGCUAAGAAAGUAAUACUAAGUGUAUGUUGUGUAGUAAGCUGCUAGUAGCCCAUGUGCCUCACCCUAAUAAUUUGGUCCCUUUCCCCCUCAUAACUUAGCCUACUGUUCUGACUUGGUGGUACACAUUUAGCCUAUAGCCUGUUUUAGAGAAAUGUCAUCAUCGAAUAUUUGAAGAGCUUUCAUUGUCUGCUCAUGUGCCCCCUUUAUUUAUUUUACGGUUCUGACUUGGUGUACAGGGAGAAUACUGUAAGAACAACCCUUGUUUUGAAUUCUGUCGCUGUACAUUUCAAAAGUGCUGAACAAAUAGUUAUAUUGACUACGUCCACCCUAGCUCACUCAUUAAUGUCUUAAUCGAAAUUACGGAUUGCCUCUUAUCCACUCGUCAUCCCCUUAUGCCAUAGUUUGUACAUCUCAAUUGUCAGUAGAAACCACAUUUGUUUAAGCAUGUCAGCCAUAUCAGCUAUAUUUUCUUUAAAGGCAGUAAAUGAAGCUUAAUGAACUGUUUCGCUGCCAGACAAGGCUCCGCUGAUAGCCAGGUGUAGCAGUGAUAAGAUGUUGGGACUGCUGUUGGGACUCUGCUGUUGUGACAGCUUUAUGUAGGGCCUAACAGUUCGUGGGCACCGUUUGUCACCGUUAUAGUGCAAUUAAUGCAUUGUUUAGUGUUGUGUUGUGUAGUGGCUUUGCUGGCAUGCAUCCCACAUUAUUAUUAUUUUUAUCCCACCAAGAUUUACAUGCUAAAAUCGCCACUGGAUAUUUGACGUAUUACACCCCUUUGCAAACUGAAUACUCCCUGAUAUAGAUACAAAACAUGCAAAUACUGUACAGCUACAGAUGUAGGAUCUUAAUUUGAGUCAGUUUGCUACAGUAGGAAAAUAAUUCUGCAGCAACAGGAAAUGUGAAUUAUUCAGUGGAUUAUAAUUAAUGGAUAUUUUUGUUGGGGUUGAUAAAUUUUUUGUUAGGGUAAAUCAUGUCUGAAAUUUCAGUGGAAAUGACAAACUUUAGAAGCCCUUUUAAAACUCAAUUAUACUACAAGUUUUAAUUUCCUGCAGUUCAGGAUAAUUCUCAGCAACAAAAGAGUGAUCAAAUUAAGUUCCUACACCUGUAGAGAUACAACUGGAUUUCCUAUAGGGGCCAGAGAGAGCUGUCACUUUACCAGUCAGCCACCUUCACCUCUGUAAUAGGAGUGCAUUUAUUGACCAUGCUAUAUUGACCUGGACAUGAACCCUAUUCUUCAGAUUUUCUCUCAACCCUGAGGGGCCCAAAGCUAAUUCGCUCCACACUAGUCAGGGCUGUAGGGAUAGUUUUGAUUUUCACCGUCUCCUGUCUGUAAGUGCUUUUGAUGCUGGGCAGAAAUGCCUACGAUACCCAUUGCAGCGGAAAAUCCAGUGGGACUGUACACCAGAUUGACCUUGAAUUGGUAGUCUUGUAGUAACCUUGAAAGUCAUUUUAUUGGCCUGCAACCCACAAUUUGUAUCUGUUUAAUUAGCAAGUCACUCUGUUUACUUAGCUAGUCACUCUGUUCACUUAGCUAAUCACUCAUGGCUAAAAACCCUGGGGAGUGGUGGUAGUGUCCAAUGUAGCAUGCUCUAAGUCAGGGGUACGCAACUAGAUUCAGCCGCAGGAUCAUUUUUGUCAGUGCAGAUGGUUGGUGGGCUGGAACAUAAUUCUGAUAAUUUAUACACUGCAAAUUGAACACAACUAAGCCCAAAAGGAGAUUGUAUUGAAAAUAACAAUCAUUUCAUACCUUGAUUACACAAUCACGUCUCUUUUUUCAUUUGUGGGAAUGGUGAACAGAUUUGGUGAACAGAUUUCCUAAAUUAAACUAAGUUUUAGCUGAAUUUCUGAUGAUUGUAGUCAUUUUUUUAACCAAAAACUAAAAUCUCCUAAAUGUUACGACUUUUUGGCAGGGCCCCCCAAAAAACGCCUGUUGCCGACCCAUGCUCUAAAUGCUUUUGAACCAAUUAACUAAGGUUGGAAUGGUGUACUGCUCUCUUGCAGGGGAACCUCCCCCAUGCUUGAUGUAGGAGGUCCAGGUGAUGCAGCAAGUCCUGAAAUUGAAAACGUGUGUCACGACUUCCUCCGAAGCUGCCUCCUCUUCUGGUUCGGGCAUGCUUCGGCGUUCGUCGUCACCGGCCUUCUAGCCACUGCCGCUCUCCAUCUCAUCAUUCCAUUUGUUUUGUCUUGUCUAUUACACAUACCUGGUUCAUAUCCCCUCAUUAGUACGUGUAUAAGUGUUCCCUCUGCCCCCUUGUCCUUGUGGGUGAUUGUUUAUUGUGAGGAGAGUGUAGCUCGGUUGAGCUCCGUGUAUUUUGUAUUGCCGGGGUAUGUUUUCCCCGUGUGCCUGUUUAGUUCCAGUGCGCCUGUUUUGCUCACUGGACUGUUUGACGCAUUUCUGCGUAACACUGUAUUCCAGAAUUAACUCUGUAUUCUGUGAUUUACCCUCCUGCUGACUCCUUCAAAUCACCCAUCACAGAAUCACCCACCUGACAUGGACUCAGCAGGAAAGGAGCGCAUGCCUGGAGUCGUGGCACGGGUCCAGGAGCAUUCGACGAUGCUAGUUUGGGAGAAGCGAUGGAUCGGGUUCUCCAGGUCAUCCAACGCCUGGAGAGGAGAGAACCCGAUCUGUCAGGACCAGCUGGGCGACCGGAUCCAGCCACCCACACCCCAGCACCCAGAGGGAUCCAUAUAUCCCGACCACAGGAUUUCGACGGGACAGCUGCUCUCUGCCAGGGAUUCCUCCUCCAACUGGAGCUCUACUAUUCCAGCAUCAGCCCGGCCCCAUCGGAGCGGGAGAAGGUGUCCGCCCUCGUCUCCUGCCUCUCGGGGAAAGCCCUGGAGUGGGCCAACGCGGUCUGGAAUGAAGGAGGAGCCGCGUUGGACAACUAUGGGGAGUCUUCGAUCACCCGCCGAGGGUUGAGAGGCGGGCGAGUGGCUGUUCCACCUGAGGCAGGGGACGAGGACCGCGCAGGACUUUGCAGUUGGGUCCGGGUGGAAAGAGCGGGCCCUCAUCGACCACUUCCGGUGCCAUCUACGUGAGGACGUCCGAAAGUAGCUAGCCUGCCGGGACACCAUGUUGUCCUUCACUCAACUGGUGGACAUGGCCAACUGGUUGGACAAUCUGCUGGCGGCCAGAGGAUGUCCUGGAGGGGGCCUGCCCGUUCCAACUCCGCUCGACUUGGAUCACGAGCUGAUGGAGCUGGGUAGAGUGGCGAUCCGGGAGAGCGGAGGACGACAGCGCCAGUGUCACUCUGGUAACACGAGAGGACAUUUCACUGCACAAUGUCGUCAGCGUUCUUUUCGGUCUGGAGGCGGCAGGCAGGGCACUCUCGCGUCACCCCAGGUAUCGAACACCCACACUCGUUCAGAGCCCUCUGCUGCGCACUGUACCCUACCCAUCCACUUUCCUGAUUACAUAGUAGUUCCCCAGUGUAAGGCGCUGGUCGAUUCAGGCGCAGCUGGGAACUUUAUGGACAGGUCAUUUUCACACAGUCUAGGCAUUACAUUGGUUCCCCUAUCCAUUCCACUCCCCAUCAGAGCACUUGACAGUCGACCAUUAGGGUCCGGGUUCAUUAGGGAGGUUACAGCACCAGUCACUAUGGUUACCCACGAGAUUCAUCGUGAGCAAGUCACUUUCCCUGUUGUGUUAGGUAUCCCCUGGUUAGCACUCCACAACCCCACCUUUUCAUGGCCGCAGAGGGUUCUCACAGGGUGGUCGCGAGAGUGUCAGGGUAGGUGUCUCUGUGUUUCCGUUGAUGCAACCACGGUGGAAAGUCCAGACAGUACCUCCACCGUGCGCAUUCCCCCCUGAAUACCUCGAUUUGGUGCAUGCGUUUUCCAAAACGCAGGCGACCAAAUUACCACCUCAUCAGGCGGGGGAUUGCACGAUAAACCUCCGGGUAGACACUGUGCCUCCCAGGAGUCAUGUGUAUCCCCUGUCACAGGCUGAAAUGGAGGCUAUGGAGACAUACGUCACCGAGUCCCUGCGCCAGGGGUUUAUACGUCCCUCCACUUCUUCCGCCUCCUCAAGUUUAUUUUUUGUGAAGAAGAAAGACUGCGGUCUGCGCCCUUGCAUUGACCACCGAUCACUGAACAAGGGGACGAUACAAUUUAGUUAUCCUCUCCCCCUCAUUCCAUCUGUGAUCGAGUCAAUGCAUGGGGCGCGCUUCAUCACAAAAUUAGAUCUCCGGAGUGCAUACAACCUGGUGCGUGUCCGAGAGGGGGACAAGUGGAAGACAGCAUUCAGCACAACCACGGGGCAUUAUGAAUACCUGGUGAUACCUCACGGUUUGAUGAAUGCUCCAUCCGUCUUCCAGUCCUUUGUGAAUGAGGUGUUUCGGGACAUGCUUGGUAGCGGUGUAGUGGUCUACAUCGAUGACAUUCUGGUGUAUUCUGCUAUGCGCGCCGAGCAUGUGUCCCUGGUUCGCAAAGUGCUGGCCCAACUGUUGGAACAUGACCUUUAUGCCAAGGCAGAAAAGUGUCUGUUUUUCCAACAGUCCGUCUCCUUCCUUGGAUACCGCAUUACCACCUCAGGUGUGUAGAUGGAGGGAGAUCGCAUUUCAGCCGUGCGUAAUUGGUCGACUCCAACCACGGUAAAGGAGGUGCAGCGCUUUAUUGGCUAUGCCAACUACUAUCGGAGGUUUAUCCGGGGCUUUGGCAAGGUCGCAGCUCCCAUCACGUAUCUGUUGAAGGGUGGGCCGUCCCGGCUCCGCUGGUCUGCUGAGGCUGACAGGGCCUUCAAUAACCUGAUGGGUCUGUUCACCUCAGCCCCGGUACUGGCCCACCCCGAUCCAUCACUACCAUUCGUAGUGGAGGUGGAUGCGUCCGAGGUAGGGAUAGGCGCUGUCCUAUCUCAACGCUCGGGCACGCCACCCAAGCUCCGCUCCUGUGCCUUCUUCGCCAAGAAGCUCAGCCCGGCGGCGCAGAACUACGACAUUGGUGAUCGGGAGCUGUUGGCUGUUGUCCGAGCCCUGACCGUGUGGAGGCACUGGCUCGAACGGGCGCAACACCCUUUCCACAUCUGGACGGACCACCGUAACCUGGAGUACAUCCGGGCAGCGAGGAGGCUGAACCCUCACCAGGCCAGGUGGGCCCUAUUCUUCACCCGUUCUUCUACACUAUCAUACAUCCCGGGUACGAAGAACGUUAAGGCAGACGCACCAGAGGAGAGGCCCAGACACAACACCCCCAUACUCCCGGCCUCCUGCAUUGUGGCGCCGGUAGUAUGGGCGAUGGACGCGGAUAUAGAGCAGGCGUUACGCACAGAGCCAUCUCCACCUCAGUGUCCAGCUGGGCUGCAGUACGUGCCUGCUCUUGUCUGUGACCGUCUGAUCUACUGGGCACACACGUCCCCCUCCUCUGGUCACCCAGGUAUCGAUCGUACAGUGCGCUGCCGGACCGGAAUGUACUGGUGGCCUACCUUGGCUGAGGACGUGAGGGUGUUUGUCUCCUCCUGCUCGGUGUGCGCCCAGAAUAAGGCACCUAGGCACCUCCCAGCGGGUAAUUUACAGACUUUACCAGUUCCACAAUGACCAUGGUCUCACCUGAGUAUUGAUUUCCUUACUGAUCUUCCCCUUCCUCAAGGUAACACCACCAUCCUGGUCGUUGUGGACCGCUUUUCCAAAGCCUGCCGCCUCCUUCCUCUGCCCGGUCUCCCCACGGCCCUGCAGACUACGGAGGCCCUGUUUACACACGUCUUCCGGCACUACGGGGUACCAGAGGACAUAGUGUCUGAGCGGGGUCCCCAGUUCACAUUCAAUGUCUGGAAGACGUUCAUGGAAUGUCUGGGGGUCUCGGUCAGCCUAACCUCUGGUUUUCACCCCGAGUCUAACGGGCAGGUGGAACGGGUGAAUCAGGAUGUGGGUAGUUUCCUGCGGUCCUACUGCCAGAACCGGCCGGGGGAGUGGUCAAUGUUCUUGCCAUGGGCCGAAUAUGCCCAGAACUCUCUCCGUCACUCCUCCACUAACCUAACGCCAUUCCAAUGUGUUUUAGGUUACCAACCGGUUCUGGCACCGUGGCACCAGAGCCAGACCGAGGCUCCUGCGGUGGAUGACUGGUUUUGGCGCGAGGAGGAGACGUGGAACGCUGCUCACGUCCACCUCCAACACACUGUGCGUUGUCAGAAGGCCAAUGCUGACCGCCACCGCAGUGAGGCCCCGGUCUUAGUACCGGGUGAUCGGGUCUGGCUCUCGACCCGGAAUCUGCCCCUCCGCCUGCCCUGCCGGAAGCUGAGCCCGCAGUUUGUGGGGCCGUUCAAAGUCCUGAGGAGGAUAAACGAGGUUACCUAUAGGUUAUUACUCCCACAUGAUUACCGUAUUAACCCCUCGUUUCAUGUGUCUCUCCUCAGGCCGGUGGUGGCUGGUCCGCUACAGGAGUCUGAGGUGCGGGAGGUUCCUCCACCUCCUCUGGACAUCAAGGGGGCCCUGGCGUACUCCGUCCGUUUCAUCCUGGAUUUGAGGCGUCGGGUGGGGGGCCUUCAGUACCUCGUGGAGUGGGAGGGGUACGGUCCGGAGGAACGGUGCAGGGUCCCGGUGAGGGAUAUCCUCGAUCCCUCCCUGUUGUGGGAUUUCCACCGUCGCCAUCCGGCUCGCCCUGCUACGCGUCCUCCUGGCCGUCCCCGAGGCCGGUGUCGGCGCGCUGCUGGAGCUGCGCGUCAAGGGGGGUGGGGGGGGGGGGGGGGGGGGGGGGGGGGGGGGGGGGGGGGGGUGGUACUAUCACGACUUCCUCCGAAGCUGCCUCCGCUCCUGGUUCGGGCAGGCUUCGGCGUUCGUCGUCACCGGCCUUCUAGCCACUGCCGCUCCCCAUCUCAUCAUUCCAUUUGUUUUGUCUUGUCUAUUACACACACCUGGUUCAUAUCCCCUCAUUAGUAUGUGUAUAAGUGUUCCCUCUGCCCCCUUGUCCUCCAGGGUAUAUUUUCCCCGUGUGCCUGUUUAGUUCCAGUGCACCUGUUUUGCGCACUAAACUGUUUGACGCAUUUCUGCGUCACACUGUAUUCCGGAAAUAAACUCUGUAUUCUUUGAUUUACCCUCCUGCUCCUGACUCCUUCAAAUCACCCAUCACAACGUGUCUAGUCCGGAGGGCCAGAUGGGAUGGCCUGCACAGACAGCCCACCUCACCAGUCCCGAUAACGUCAUCACAACCAAUCCGACCAGCCGCUAUGACAUCCUGAAUAGCCCGACCAGCCCUGAUGACAUCUACAUGACCAGUCCAGACGUCAUCUUUAGGACCAGUCGUCCAGAGGUCAACUAUGAUGACGUGCCCUGUGAGAGCCUCCUCUCUCCUGUGGAAGGUGGGGACUCAUACAGUGGUGUGUGCGUGUGCAUGUGCGUGUGUGUAAGUGCACACAUGUGCGCGUGGAUGUGUGUAUGUGCAUGUGUGUGUGCGUCUGCACAUGCAUGUGUGCGAGAGAAUAAUGUGUGUGAUUAACGUCUCCCGGUUGUGUGUCAGAUUGCAUCUAUGAGAACGAGGCCAGAGAACCAUCAUGGCACCAACAACGGCUGGAGCGACAUUGAGUUUGAGAGCUAUGAUGAACAGUCAGACUUCGAGACCAAAGUCCCCACUGUGGCCCACAGCAGUAGUAAGGUAGGGAGGGCUCUUAUUUUGUAUAUUCUGCUCCUUUUGCAAUCUAUAUAUUUUUGUAUUUGUUAUUCAGACCUUGAUACUAUACAAUACUUGGUGCUACAAUUAUUUAAUGACACCCAAGGAUGUCUGUUGCAUUAAUGUAAGCAUUGUGUCUGUGUUUGUUGAAUGGAGAUGUAUAGUGGACUCUAGUGCACAAAAGCCUGUUUUAGCAUAGGCAGCGCCAUUGAGUGCUUUCACCGUUUUGAAGUAGUCAACUGGGUGAGACUUCCUAUGGGUUAAGGGAGGAUUACAUAAUUCCAUCCAGGUCAUCAGGAUGGAUCAGCCAAUGAAUUAUACUCGUGAGCAAACAUUCCAUAACUGCAGGUGGCAGUAAAUCGCCAACAUUGGCUUUAUACCUGCUCAAACAACAUACUCCAGGUGGCAGAAUGCACGACUUCACUACUUCAAAAUGGCGCUGCCCGUGCGCUCACACACAACAUAAUGGGACAGAUACAACAUUGCAAUCUCUAUACAUCUCUAUCAGUGGAGUCUGCUGAGGGGAGAACGGCUCAUAAUAAUGGCUGGAAUGGAGUGUAAUGGCUGGAAUGGAGUGUUUGAUACCAUUCCAUUCACUCCAUUCCAGACAUUAUUAUGAGUCGUCCUCCCCUCAGCAGCCUCCACUGGUCUCUAUGGUCUGUUGCUAUGUCUUUUCCACAAGAUGGCAGUACUGUGUUGGCUCAAAUAUUAUAUUAAUAGCAUAUUAUGAAGUCCAAUGCACAUCACUUUUCAAUCCCAAAACCAAUAAAGGCUUUGGUUGUAGUAGCAUUUGAGCGUGCAUGCCCGACUUUACUAGUAGCCCUAUGGUGUAGUAUGCUAACACUUGACUAUACAAAGCACAGGAGGUUGGUGGCACCUUAAUUGGGGAGGACAGGCAUGUGGUAAUGGCUGUAGCGGAAUAUGUGGAAAGGUAUCAACAACAUCAAACACAUGGUUUCCAUGUGUUUGAUGCCAUUCCAUUUGCUCAUUCCAGCAGCCUCCACUGAAAAGGUAUGAGUGUUUAAAUCAACUACAGUUGGGUUAAUAAACACACACUCAUCCUAUACUGAGGAGCACCUGAACACAGCUAGUUUAAAAGCACUGCCUUGCUGUGUGUUUAGUAGUUAGUGGCUUUGUCAGCAGUCUCUCUUGGUUCCUCUUCUUCUUCUCUGGGACCUUUUAGCAGUCUCUCUUGGUUCCUCUUCUUCUUCUCUGGGACCUUUUAGCAGUGUCUCUUGGUUUCUCUUCUUCUUCUCUGGGACCUUAUCCACACAUUGCUGCUCCUACUGCUGCUGCUAAAGUGUAUUUCUCCUCUGAGUCUGUGUUGGUUAUGAUCAAGCAGGACUAUAGUUUCUAUAAUAUGAGGUAUUGUUGAUAUGCUUGUUUUUAAAAAAAAUUAAUAUGUUUUAACAAAAACGUUUAAUUGGAGUUUUGAAACUAUAUAUAUAUAUACACUGCUCAAAAAAAUAAAGGGAACACUUAAACAACACAAUGUAACUCCAAGUCAAUCACACUUCUGUGAAAUCAAACUGUCCACUUAGGAAGCAACACUGAUUGACAAUACAUUUCACAAGCUUUUGUGCAAAUGGAAUAGACAACAGGUGGAAAUUAUAGGCAAUUAGCAAGACACCCCCAAUAAAGAAGUGGUUCUGCAGGUGGUGACCACAGACCACUUCUCAGUUCCUAUGCUUCCUGGCUGAUGUUUUGGUCACUUCUGAAUGCUGGCGGUGCUUUCACUCUAGUGGUAGCAUGAGACGGAGUCUACAACCCACACAAGUGGCUCAGGUAGUGCAGCUCAUCCAGGAUGGCACAUCAAUGCGAGCUGUGGCAAGAAGGUUUGCUGUUUCUGUCAGCGUAGUGUCCAGAGCAUGGAGGCGCUAUCAGGAGACGUGGAGGAGGCCGUAGGAGGGCAACAACCCAGCAGCAGGACCGCUACCUCCGCCUUUGUGCAAGGAGGAGCAGGAGGAGCACUGCCAGAGCCCUGCAAAAUGACCUCCAGCAGGCCACAAAUGUGCAUGUGUCUGCUCAAACGGUCAGAAACAGACUCCAUGAGGGUGGUAUGAGGGCCCGACGUCCACAGGUGGGGGUUGUGCUUACAGCCCAACACCGUGCAGGACGUUUGGCAUUUGCCAGAGAACACCAAGAUUGGCAAAUUCGCCACUGGCGCCCUGUGCUCUUCACAGAUUAAAGCAGGUUCACACUGAGCACAUGUGACAGACGUGACAGAGUCUGGAGACGUGGUGGAGUACGUUCUGCUGCCUGCAACAUCCUCCAGCAUGACCGGUUUGGCGGUGGGUCAGUCAUGGUGUGGGGUGGCAUUUCUUUGGGGGGCCGCACAGCCCUCCAUGUGCUCGCCAGAGGUAGCCUGACUGCCAUUAGGUACCGAGAUGAGAUCCUCAGACCCCUUGUGAGACCAUAUGCUGGUGUGGUUGGCCCUGGGUUCCUCCUAAUGCAAGACAAUGCUAGACCUCAUGUGGCUGGAAUGUGUCAGCAGUUCCUGCAAGAGGAAGGCAUUGAUGCUAUGGACUGGCCCGCCCGAUCCCCAGACCUGAAUCCAAUUGAGCACAUCUGGGACAUUAUGUCUCGCUCCAUCCACCAACGCCACGUUGCACCACAGACUGUCCAGGAGUUGCCGGAUGCUUUAGUCCAGGUCUGGGAGGAGAUCCCUCAGGAGACCAUCCGCCACCUCAUCAGGAGCAUGCCCAGGCGUUGUAGGGAGGUCAUACAGGCACGUGGAGGCCACACACACUACUGAGCCUCAUUUUGACUUGUUUUAAGGACAUUACAUCAAAGUUGGAUCAGCCUGUAGUGUGGUUUUCCACUUUAAUUUUGAGGGUGACUCCAAAUCCAGACCUCCAUGGGUUGAUAAAUUUGAUUUCCAAUUUUUGUGUGAUUUUGUUGUCAGCACAUUCAACUAAGUAUUUAAUAAGAUUAUUUCAUUCAUUCAGAUCUAGGAUGUGUUGUUUAAGUGUUCCCUUUAUUUUUUUGAGCAGUGUAUAUAUAUUUGUGGGGUAGGCUUAGGACCAAGGGGAAAUUGUCUCUUUUGUAAAGGAGGGCAACACAAUUGACUUGUCUUUGCUUGCUGAAUGAAAGACAGUUUGAAAGACACUUUUUCCUGAAUACCAUGGAACCAAAGUAGGACCAAUGUCUUUUUAUAAUGACUAUCUAAGGAUAAUUAUAAGAAGGUGUACAUUUGAGCUUCUCAGCACUUUCUUAAACAAAUCAUUCUUCUACCUCCAAUUGACAUAAUUUCUUCAACAGUGUUCACAUCUUGUAAUUUCACUGGCUGUUUCUCUUGCUUCUGCCCUGACUCUAUCCCACUCUUUCCUCUCUCUUUCCUUCAAGCUUUUCCGCCCGCUCAGAUGUUUUUCCAACUUGCUUGUGGGAUCGGGGUCAUUGUCAUGGCUAUGACUUUAGCUUUCUCAGGACAUGCGGUGACUGAAGGAGCGUUGUGCCAAGACCAAGCAGGAUCUGUCCUUGUGCAGGUACCGCAUCAUUAUAGAGUACAGAAAGACAGCAGCUGUGUCAUGAUUUUCCUAAAUGGUUCCGUUACCGUAUCUUACCUGCCUUGACCGCUGAUAAAUGAAAGCACUAGUAUGCUGUAUAUACUAGUCUGUAAUUAUAAUCUACAGUAUAUCAUUUGUGUAUUAAGUAGUCAGAAGGGAAAGGAGACAACACAAUACAUUUAGGUCAGCCUCAGAGUAGCCUAGUUCUGGCCAAAGGCAGGUUGAUGUGGACCCUUUGAAGAGAAGCAUAGCUGUGAGGUUUCUCCUCUCCUUACUCAUAUAUUUACAGAGCAUUUCUCUCUCUCCCUCUCUUGCUCUCUACUUUCCCCUUCACUUCUCUUUGAGAUAAAGCUGCUGAUGGAAAAGACAAAGUUAGCUAUGAUGCGUAAAGUCUUGUGGUGUCGAGACAACGAUGCUGAUAUGCUGUGUAGACAAGAAAUCUGCGGACACUGUACUUGAUUAUAAAGGUUUAUUAUAUCAAAGGUUCCAGCGUCAAUUUACAGAUUUCUGCAGAAAUCCGGAGAACAACUAACCCAAUCUAAAAAUGAUUAUUCCCCCCGUCCUUUGUUGAAAACCUGAUAUAUAUCCUAUGUAACAUAAGAUGGGUGGAUUUUGAUAGACCAAUCCCUGGCUUCCACAUAUCCAAGUCUCCUCUGUUUCAGGGGGCCCCUAUGGUGAUGCUUUCCAGAUGUUUCAGCAAAGCAGAGUAAAAUUCAUCUAACACACCAUUUGCAAACGUCAGCCAAAAUUAUAAACUGUUCAGAUACUACAGUCUCUUUCCUGCAGAACCCCCAACCCCCCCCCCCCCCCCCCCCCCCCCCACCCACAGGUAAGCAUUAUUAUUAGGGCUUCUGACUGACUGGCUGACUGACUGAAUGACAAACAAACUGACUGACUGAUUUAAACAUUUAACUACUGUUCAAAAGUUUGGGGUCACUUAGAAAUGUCCUUGUUUUCGAAAGAAAAGCAAUUUUGUUGUCCAUUAAAAUAACAUCAAAUUGAUCUGUAAUACAGUGUAGACAUUGUUAAUGUUGUAAAUGGCUAUUGUAGCUGGAAACGGCUGAUAUUUUAUGGAAUAGCUACAUAGGCGAACAGAGGCCCAUUAUCAGCAACAAUCAGUCCUGUGUUCCAAUGGCACGUUGUGUUUGAUAAUCCAAGUUUAUCAUUUUAAAAGGCUAAUUGAUCAUUAGAAAACCCUUUUGCAAUUAUGUUAGCACAGCUGAAAAAUGUUGUGCUGAUUAAAGAAGCAUUAAAACUGGCCUUCUUGAGACUAGUUGAGUAUCUGGAGCAUCAGCAAUUGUGGGUUCGAUUACAGGCUCAAAAUGGCCAGAAACAAAGAACUUUCUUCUGAAACUCGUCAGUCUAUUCUUGUUCUGAGAAAUGAAGGCUAUUCCAUGCGAGAAAUUGCCAAGAAACUGAAGAUCUCGUACAACGCUGUGUACUACUCCCUUCACAGAACAGCGCAAACUGGCUCUAACCAGAAUAGAAAGAGGAGUGGGAGGCCCCGGUGCACAACUGAGCAAGUGGACAAAUACAUUAGAGGGUCUAGUUUGAGAAACAGAUGCCUCACAGGUCCUCAACUGGCAGCUUCAUUAAAUAGUACCCACAAAACACCAGUCUCAACGUCAACAGUGAAGAGGCGAUUCUGGGAUGCUGACCUUCUAGGCAGAGUUGCAAAGAAAAAGCCACAUCUCACUGGCCAAUAAAAUGAAAAGAUUAAGAUGGGCAAAAGAACACAGACACUAGACAGAGGAAGAUUGGAAAAAAGUGUUAUGAACAGACGAAUCAAAGGUUGAGGUGUUCGGAUCACAAAGAAUAACAUUUGUGAGAUGCAGACCAAAUGAAAAGAUGCUGGAGGAGUGCUUGAUGCCAUCUCUCAAGCAUGGUGGAGGCAAUGUGAUGGUCUGGGGGUGCUUUGGUGGUGAUAAAGUGGGAGAUUUGUACAGGGUAAAAGGGAUCUUGAAGAAGGAAGGCUAUCACUCCAUUUUGGAACGCCAUGCCAUACACUGUGGACGGCGCUUGAUUGGAGCCAAUUUCCUCCUACAACAGGACAAUGACCCAAAGCACAGCUCCAAACUAUGCAAUAACUAUUUAGGGAAGAAGCAGUCAGCUGGUAUUCUGUCUAUAAUGGUGUGGCCAGCACAGUCACCGGAUCUCAACCCUAUUGAUCUGUUGUGGGAGCAGCUUGACCGUAUGGUACGUAAGAAGUGCCCAUCAAGCCAAUCCAACUUGUGGGAGGUUCUUCGGGAAGCAUGGGGUGAAAUCUCUUCAGAUUACCUCAACAAAUUGCCAACUAGAAUGCCAAAGGUUUGCAAAUCUGUAUUUGCUGCAAAUUGAGGAUUCUUUGACGACGCAAAGUUUGAAGGACACAAUUAUUAUUUAUAUUAAAAAUCAUUAUUUCUAAUCUUGUUAAUGACUACAUUUCCUAUGCAUUUUGCUAUAUUUCCUAUUCUAACUAAUUUCAUGUAUAUUUUCAUGGAAAACAAGGACAUUUCUAAGUGACCCCAAACUUUUGAACGGUAGUGUAUAUGUGUGUCAAUGUCCCCCUACAGAGGAAAGUGGGGAUGGCACUAGUUAUCUUGACGUGACGGUGUCUGAAGUGAAGCACCCGCCACCCCAGCUGAGCCCUAUGCCAGAGGAGCUUACCACCCAACAGAUUAUUAGACGCCACAUCCUUGAUUCCAUUGUACAAAGUGAGAGGGAUUAUGUGGACUCUCUCAAGAGAAUCUUGGAGGUGAGUGACCUCACCAUUUUAUUUUUUCAACACUUAAUGCCCAGAAAGUCUGAAGUAAUUUUAAUGCACUUACAUUAACUUUAGUGGUCUUUGUUUGGGUGGCUGGUUGCAACCCCAAGCCCCCCAAUUAGCACUUGUGUAGAUCUGAGCACACUGGGUAGGUGUAAACACUGUGAUGAUGAGUCCAGUGAGCAUCACUCUGAUUGGUUAUCCUUCUCACUGCUCCCAGGAGUACCAGAAGCCCUUGCUAGAGCCGGAAGCCCGUAUCCUGAGUGAUAAGAAGGCCCGGCCCAUAUUUUACCAGCUGCGGGAGAUCCUGCAGUGCCACUCCAUGUUCCAGAUUCCCCUGGCAUCUCGCGUGGCCGAGUGGUACCUCAGUGAGAACAUCAGAGACCUCUUUGUGGCCUCGGUCAGCAUGGAGGAUGGCUCUAUCCAAAUUAAGGGACCAGGUUCGUGUUCAUUAGGUCAAGCAAUGAAAAAAACGUUUAAAAAAACGUUUUGCAACGUCCAAUGAAAAUGAGGGGUUGCCUCACUGUUUCAGUCUGUUUCGUUUCGUUUGGUACCUGGGUCGUUCCACCAAUCCGGUGCCUUGAGAAGUGUAACUUUCUGUCAUAAAGAGCACAUGUUCAACUUAAUAAAAAACACGUUUUCCCAUCUCAAGAGGUUCAAUAAAACAAUGACUAUAGUAAAUGCCUAUUAAGUGCCAAAUAAGGUAACAGGGUUGACCGUAACAGGGUUGAUGAUUUCUUCUUAAAUCAGCCAUAAAUCCCCUUGUGACAGAGGGAAUGAAAACUUGUUGUGUGCAAGCUUGAGUGCCAGCUUCACAAUAAAAAAUAAAUAAAAAAUACAUUUCUAGCCUGUAGUAUCUAUGGGUAACAGGGUUGACGUGCUAUGCUUGACCCGCUCAGUUUUCCACCAAAAAACACCAGAAAAUGGCCAAAAAGAGUAGAACCAGCUCAUCUGCUUUUACUCUAUGAUUUGACUAUUAGAUGUACAAUGUUUCUUUUAGGAAUUUUUUUUUUUUAAGGAAUAGUUUCACCAUAUUAAAACGAGAGUUCAGUUCACAUAACAGGAUUGACCUUAAAAUUAGGGAUAGACGUAAUGAAUAAUCUUCAGAAAUGACUUUGUCAAAGCAACAAAAUAACUAGGCUUUACAAUGAUUGUGAAACUUGGAGAAAUGUUGGGAUUAAGUGGGUUAAAAUCUUCCUAGAAGUGGCACAGGGUUGACAGAGAAUUUUGGCACUUUAGAAAAAAUCUGAUUAAUUGAAUUCUCCAUGUGGUCUAUAUUAAAGGACUAUUCAUUUAACUUUCAAUAUUGGUGCACAAUUUCUACUUAAAAUAUCAAAGGGACGCCAAAGGCACUCAUUUUGGAAUACUUUGAAAAUGCAUCCCCCCUUCCUUCCAUGUAUCCUUCCACUGAUCUUAUAGCACAUGACUGGAUUUUGCAUCAAUUUUUCUCUUCACAGUUUUCCAAGUCAAUAGUACUAGACGUGUACAGUGAUUAUGUCAACAACUUCACUAACGCUCUCAUGAAGAAAGCCAGCAUUUCCAAGACAGCUUUCCUGGAGUUUCUCUAGGUGGACUCCGCUUUCCUAUUUGAUCAGUCUGUUUACAAUGAUUUAGACUUCUUUCCUCUCCCAAGGCUGUAGAAUUGUUUGCUGAUACAGUAUAUCUAUUCACAUACAAUAAGUUCAUAGCUCAUUAUAUAUUUGCAUUCCUUGUUUUCUAGUAGCAUUUGCUGAAAAAGUCAGUCAGAUUGCCUCCAGCCGUUCAAGGUUCAUCCUGAAUUAUUAAUGUGUGUUCGACAACGCCAGAAUGCCAUAUAUAGCAUACUCUGUUGACUGUGAUCUCAUGUAAUGGACUCCAUGUUGACCCGGGCCCUGUGCUUGUUACCCCACAUAAGAAGCAAGCGUCCAGUCCCGACAGAAUCACGCUUUAUGGUCUUAUGGUUAAACCAAUCCAGCGCUUCCCUCAGUUUAUCCUGCUGCUACAGGUUAGUAGCAAGAUGCUCAUGACAAGUCUUACAAUGCAUUGUAACAGCAUCAUAAUGCAUAGUGCCUGCAGGCUUUAAAUAAAGGGUUAACAAUUGAAAGAUAAUACAUGUAUAAUACCUGCUGUUCAUGAUUUAUAUACAGUAUACAUCUACAUGGUUUUUACAUGCUACACUAACAUAUAAAUGGUUACUUAUGUUUUACAAAGUAUUCAGUAAUAAACUCCAGUAAACAAACCAUAUGAGAGAAGAGGAACAAAUAAAUAAAAAAGCUAUUUAAGAGCUUCUCAAAACAUGUAUUUGUAAACAUUUAAGGGCCAUAGUAUACAGUAGCUUGCUCUGUUAAGCAUGUCUGGGGGAAUCCUUUGUGUUAAUAACAGGUUUAAUGUUCCCCUCUCUCUCUCUCUCUCUCUCUCUCUCUCUCUCUCUCUCCUCUCUCUCUCUCUCUCUCUCUCUCUCUCUCUCUCUCUCUCUCUCUCUCUCACACACACACUUCUCUCUCUCUCUCUCUCACACACUUACUCUCUCUCUCUCUCUCUCACACACUUACUCUCUCUCUCACACUUACUCUUUUAUUCCUGUCUCUCUCUCCUCCUCUCCCCCUACCCCCCCAGGACAUCCAGGACAUGCUGAAGAACACUCCCCGGGCCCACCCUGACCGUCUUCCCCUGCAGUUGACCUUCACCGAGCUGGAGACUUUAGCCGAGAGAGCAGAAACGAGUCGCAGACCAGGUCGCUGAAAUCCAGCAGUUGGCACGCAGCGUUGGUGACCGCCAACUGAGCAAGGGCUUUCUCGAAAUGACAAUAUAUUUUAAGGUCAAUAAGAAAAGUUCAUUUUUUUGUUAAUUCUACUUUGUGUAAAAGUGAGUGAGUGUUUUGUGUUUUGUUGAGUUGUGUGUAGUGUGUGUAGAUAGUGUGUGAUGUUGUGUGAUAUUUGUGUCCCCUCUUCAGCUCUUGAACUCAGACUAGAGGCAGCUGAUACUGUGCGAGGUGUUGAUUGA